AUGAGUGAAAAAAGUCAACAUUUCUUAGUCAGUCGACUGUUAGGAGAAGGUGCAAAAUCAUAUGAAAACAGUGAGUCUAUCACAAAGCAUGCAAACGAUAACUUAAUUUGUGAUACUACUACUAAUAAUAAUCAUGAGUAUGGGGAUGGAUACUCACACGGAUUGAAUAUUGAAGAAUCUAAUAGUGGCG